UGCUUUUAUUCAAGAGGAGAAGUUUGUCAGCAACACUUGUGGAAUGUUUGUGGACGGAAUAUUCAAAUACCUUGUUGUGGAUUGCAUGACUGUCCAGCAAUAACUCCACAUUCAAAUUUAUCUAGCAUCUCAGAAAAUAUGCAACAUGUUAGAUAUAUUUGCACUGAUUGCUUGACAUCACACAGCAGACAUCUUCAUGCCAGACCAGGUUCUGGGAAAAGAUCAGUUUCUUGUGUGCAAAGUGAAAAGCAUCAUGAAGAUUCUACAUCUUCUUUAAAACUUAUUGCUAAAUUUAUUAAUAACAUUGCAUUAUCAACUGAUAAUAAUGCAAAAAAUAAUCUAUUGAACCUUUUAAUCAAUGCUAUUAAAGAUUUCAAUAAAAUACCUUCAGAAACAACAUCAUUGAAUUCUGCAACAUUCCCAAAUUUAGGACAAAUUAACAAUGAUGCAUCAGUUAGUCAAAUAUUAGAAUGGAAGGGUCAAGACUCAACAAAAAUAGUCCUUGAAUCUUUAUGUCAAGUUGAAGAAGAUGAUAAUAGAACAUUUUUGGAAAAUAUUAUGAAAGAUGCUUUUUCUGUUAUAAAUGCAUUCCUCAGUGAGGAAAAUGACUCUUUGCACUUGGAUGAAUCAGUUAUUAAGCCAUUAAUGUUAAAAUAUGAG